GCCUAGCGAGCGCCCAGCGACACGACCCUGGCCUGGCGGCGGCCAGCAUGGCCCCUACGCUGUUCCAGAAGCUCUUCAGCAAGCGGAGCGGGCUGGGCGCGCCCGGCCGGGACGCCCGGGACCCGGACUGCGUGUUCAGUUGGCCUUUGCCAGAGUUUGAUCCAAGCCAGAUUCGACUGAUUGUGUAUCAAGACUGUGAAAGAAGAGGGAGAAAUGUCUUGUUUGACUCCAGUGUUAAGAGAAGAAGUGAGGACAUAUCAGUGUCGAAACUCUGUAGUGAUGCUCAAGUUAAAGUCUUUGGGAAAUGCUGCCAACUAAAACCUGGAGGAGACAGUUCUUCCUCUUUAGAUAGUUCUUUGACUUCAUCUUCUGAUAUAAAAGACCAGUGUCCUAAGUAUCAGGGUUCUCGAUGCUCUUCUGAUGCCAAUAUGCUUGGAGAGAUGAUGUUUGGCUCAGUAGCAAUGAGCUACAAAGGAUCUACCUUAAAAAUUCAUCAGAUUCGUUCCCCUCCACAGCUCAUGCUCAGCAAAGUAUUUACUGCACGAACUGGCAGCAGUAUCUGUGGAAGUCUCAAUACGCUACAAGACAGUCUUGAAUUUAUCAAUCAAGACAAUAAUACAUUAAAGGCUGAUAAUAACACAGUUAUUAAUGGACUACUUGGUAAUAUAGUUCAUAGCAACCCAAUGGACAUGCCUGGAAGAGAACUGAAUGAGGACAGAGACAGUGGCAUAGCACGGUCUGCGUCCCUCAGCAGCUUGCUUAUCACUCCAUUUCCUUCCCCGAACUCCUCACUCACCCGAAGUUGUGCCAGCAGCUACCAGCGACGUUGGCGACGCAGCCAAACAACAAGUUUGGAGAAUGGGGUAUUUCCUAGAUGGUCUAUAGAAGAAAGCUUUAAUCUGUCAGAUGAAAGCUGUGGCCCUAACCCAGGAAUUGUGAGGAAAAAGAAGAUUGCAAUUGGGGUAAUCUUUUCGUUAUCCAAAGAUGAAGAUGAAAAUAACAAAUUUAAUGAAUUCUUUUUUUCACAUUUUCCUCUCUUUGAAAGCCACAUGAACAAAUUAAAGAGUGCAAUAGAACAGGCUAUGAAAAUGAGCCGAAGAUCAGCUGAUGCCAGUCAGAGGAGUUUGGCAUAUAAUCGAAUAGUUGAUGCCCUAAAUGAAUUCAGAACCACAAUUUGUAAUCUUUACACAAUGCCGCGCAUUGGAGAACCUGUCUGGCUUACGAUGAUGUCGGGGACUCCAGAAAAGAACCAGCUUUGCCAUCGUUUCAUGAAGGAGUUCACUUUUCUAAUGGAAAAUGCUUCCAAAAAUCAAUUCUUGCCAGCUCUCAUUACUGCAGUUUUGACCAAUCAUCUUGCCUGGGUUCCAACCGUCAUGCCAAAUGGACAACCACCUAUAAAAAUAUUUUUAGAAAAACAUUCCUCUCAGAGUGUGGACAUGUUGGCAAAGACUCAUCCAUAUAACCCACUUUGGGCACAACUGGGAGACUUGUAUGGCGCUAUUGGCUCUCCUGUACGGUUAGCGAGGACUGUGGUAGUUGGCAAACGACAAGACAUGGUCCAGAGGCUGCUUUAUUUUCUUACUUAUUUCAUAAGAUGCUCUGAACUUCAAGAAACCCAUCUUCUAGAAAACGGAGAAGACGAAGCCAUUGUCAUGCCAGGCACGGUGAUUACCACCACUUUGGAGAAAGGCGAAAUAGAGGAAUCGGAGUAUGUGCUUGUCACGGUGCAUAGAAACAAAAGCAGUUUGCUCUUGAAAGAGUCAGAAGAAACAAGAACUCCUAACUGUAACUGUAAAUAUUGUGGUCGUCCACUCCUUGGGCAAAAUACAGAGAAUGUUUCACAGCAAGAGAGAGAAGAUACUGAAAACAGCUCUAAGGAACUGCUGGGAAUUUCAGAUCAGUGCCGGAUCAUUUCUCCUUCUCACUGCCAAGAGGAAAAUGUCGCUGAUGUUAAACAGUGCAGAGACAAAUUAAGAACUUGCCCUGACACCAAGUUAGAGACAGUUGUUUGCACAGGAUCUGCUCCAGUAGACAAAUGUGCGUUGUCAGAGUCAGGCUUGGAGCCAACAGAGGAGACGUGGCAGAGUGAGGAAUUGCUGGAUUCAAAUAAUCACACAAGCAAAGCGAUGAGAUCCACAGGCACGGCUGUGGAAAAGAAACCUCCAGAUAAGAUCAUGCCUGCUGCGUUUUCUUGUGAGGCAGCACAGACAAAGGUUACUUUCCUGAUUGGGGAUUCUAUGUCACCUGACUCAGACACUGAGCUCCGGAGUCAGGCGGUGGUGGAUCAGAUUACCCGGCAUCACACCAAACCACUGAAGGAAGAAAGAGGGGCUGUCGAUCAGCAUCAAGAAAUUAAACAAACUACUAAGGACCAAUCCAGAGAGUCUGAUAUACAGACCGUGGUUUCUGGAGAGCCCUGUGAACUUCCCUGUUGGAAUCAUUCAGACCCAGAAAGCACGAGCUUAUUUGAUGAAUAUUUUAAUGACGAUUCGAUUGAAACUAGGACUAUUGAUGAUGUUCCAGUUAAAACAAGUACAGACAGUAAAGAGUACUGCUGUAUGUUAGAGUUUUCAAAAAGACUAUGUACAAAAAAUAACAAACCGAACAAUGAAUUUUGUAAGUGUAUAGAAACAGUUCACCAAGAUUCAUGUAAAACCUGCUUUCCUCAGCAGGACCAAAGAGAUACACUCUCCAUUCUUGUCCCCCAUGGGGAUAAAGAGAGUUCAGAGAAAAAAAUUGCUGUAGGAACUGAAUGGGAUAUUCCAAGAAAUGAAAGUUCAGAUAGUGCCCUCGGGGAUAGUGAAAGUGAAGACACAGGUCAUGACAUGACCAGACAAGCUAGCAGUUACUAUGGAGGAGAGCAAGAAGACUGGGCAGAAGAGGAUGAGAUACCUUUUCCUGGGUCAAAGUUAAUUGAAGUGAGUGCCAUUCAGCCCAACAUUGCCAACUUUGGGAGGUCUUUGCUGGGUGGCUACUGCUCAUCUUAUGUGCCUGACUUUGUUCUUCAAGGAAUCGGGAGUGAUGAGAGGCUCCGUCACUGUCUGGUGUCAGAUCUCUCUCAUGCUGUGCAGCAUCCAGUGUUGGAUGAACCAAUAGCAGAAGCUGUCUGUAUUAUAGCUGAUAUGGAUAAAUGGACUGUUCAAGUGGCCAGUAGCCAGAGACGAGCAACAGACAAUAAAUUGGGAAAGGAAGUAUUGGUUUCCAGUCUUGUUUCCAAUCUGCUUCAUUCCACUCUUCAACUUUAUAAGCAUAACUUAUCUCCAAAUUUUUGUGUGAUGCACCUGGAGGACCGACUGCAGGAGCUGUACUUCAAGAGUAAGAUGCUGUCCGAAUACCUGAGGGGGCAGAUGCGUGUUCAUGUCAAGGAGCUGGGCGUGGUUCUGGGGAUUGAAUCCAGUGAUCUUCCUCUUUUGGCUGCUGUAGCGAGCACUCACUCUCCCUAUGUUGCUCAGAUACUGCUUUAACAUACCUAACGGUUGUUAGAAACUGGUGGAGGAUAAGUAGAAACCAAGGAAGCGUAUACAACAUGGACUUACGGAAAUUUUUUCACGGUUAGACUUCCAUCCGAAUGAGUCAGUCCGCAUUGUCUUGUGCAUUGCAUUAUGUGUUCUGUGUACAUCAGACUGGACUUUUGGGUGGUAGUAGAUUUUUAACCAAGUAAAGUUAAAGCAACAUCAAUAAUUUUGGGGGGAAACAUUUGAAAAAGCCAAAGUGUAACUUACAAAUUUCUGCAAAAUGAAUAUUAUCAAGGAAUUACGAUGUUGUCACAAUUCAUAACAACAGAUGUCUCAUGAUUUGAUGGCUCAGAAAUAGUCAUUUUAUUAGUCUUUAAUUCUUUAUUUCUAAGGUACAGAGAUUGAUUAUUUGUUAUUUUGUUUUACAAUUCAAAAUAGCUACUUUCUGGUUAUUUCACAAAGUAUUUUGAACAGCCUGUUAAUUAUAACAAACUCAGAAUAAUGAGUGUAAAUGUGUGUUAUAUUAUCUACCCAACUGUACAUAUGUAUCUAUUUUUUUAAACAGAGGCAGAAAUACAAGAUUGGUAACAUGCCUUUUUAAAAAAAUAUUUUCCACUAUUAUUAACUACAUGUAAAGUUGAAAUGUUACUUUCUGGUGAUUUUUUUGUUUCACACACUCUAAAAUAUAAGUAAAGCCAAUCUUUUUUUAAGGCUGAGGAAUAUAGAUUCCAAAAAUAAGAAUACUACUUUAUAUCAUUUGUUUGUAAGUAUGAGCUAAUUCAUGUAAAUAUUAAUAUUUACAUAUUCACUAAUUUAAAAAAUGAAAACUAGAAUUAAAAAUUACACCAAAGCAUUGGCAAAAAUAAUACUAUUUUCUUUAAAAGUGCUCAGGUAGCCAAGGCCCUUGCUUUCUGUAUCAGCCCUUAAAACCAUAGGAGCUAAAUAUUUGUUUCACUGCUUGAUAAUAUUCUAUUUACACUCAUAGAACUCAUAACUCUUGAAAUUAUUCUCUUUUCUCUAAGAGCCUCUCCCUUCUAAAAGCUGAUUUUUUUCAAAUAUUUCCACUUCUCAGUUGUUGUCUUUGUACAUACUAUCGAGUGUUGCUCAUAAAGAAGGCUAAUAUGGAACCAAACUCUUGUAAGUAAUGUAAAUAGAAAAAUGGGUAGAUAAAGUUUUCAAUACGCUCUACUACCUCAGUUUACUUGAAUACUACAUUGUAGUUUAUUCUUUGCUUAUCUAGUCUAAGGUACUUUUGAUGCCAGAAGUAGAGUUGGUUUCUGCUUUCAUUGACUAUUUUUUAUCAUAAUUAAUUGAUU